AUGAAGUCUUCACUCUUUCUCACUUCCUCUCUACUUGCUCUAUUCCCCUCUUGCAUUCCAGCAUUGGCCAUCAGCGGAUACCCUGAGAACGUGAGAUUCGGCGAGCCGACCUUUGUCGAGGGUGGAAACACCACCACGACAAAGCGUCAAGUCGCAACGCCCCCUGACAAUUGUUGGGUUCAAGGUCUUGGCCAGGCAAGCUACUGGUUUCUCCCUGUCUACUCAGGCGAAGAUGUAUAUGCCUGUAUCAUGGCCCGUAAGAGGAUGACAUCGUCGUCAUGGGUUUGUCCCAAAGACGGCUGGUGGCCAGACUCAUACGUCGACGAGAUCGUCUCGGCAGGUCAAGAACAGAUCUUCAAAGAAGGCGGCGGUAAAACGACUGAAAAGGGAGUUUUCAAGGCCCGGUUCGAAGGAACCACUCGCAAGAUUGAGGAUAAAGAGGGCAUGUCGGCGAUGCUUGACAUGCUGUUCCGAUAUUCUCUGCCCAACUGCGAUGUUAGCAAUGCACUUUGCGUGACCAAGUCUCGUCAUUACUACUACAAGUUCAAAGGAGAUACCAUUGGUAUCGUACACAAGGAGUCCGACUGCCGCGGAUGGUUCGGUAUUGGCGGCGACACCUACGCUUACUGCCCUGGCGGAAGUCACUGCCAAGAUGAUUAA